GGAGGUGGCGGUGGUGGUGGAGGAGGAAGGACUGGGCACAGCUCAGUCUCCACUAGGAAAUAUACUUCCUCUGGAAUAAGCAGUGGUGGAGGAGGCUUCUCUGGUAGAAGCUACAGUGGUGGAGGUUCUAGGAUCAGUUAUGGAGGGGGAUUUAGCAGUGGCAGUUGUGGAAGGAUUAGCCGUUCCAGUUAUGGAGGGCGAAUGAGUGGGGGGAGCUUUGGACCAAGUGGUGGUGGUAUCUGUGGGGGAUAUGGUGGUGGUGCUGGAGGAUUUGGAGGUGGCGGUGCAGGAUUUGGUGGUGGUUAUGGAGGUGGCCCUGGUCCAUGUGGCUUUGGUGGCAGUGGUGGCUUUAGUGGUGGUGGAUUUAGUGGCAGUGGUGGCUUUGGUGGUGGUGGAUUUAGUGGUGGUGGUGGUGGCUUUAGUGGCGGUAGUUUUGGCGGUGAUGAUACUGGCCUUCUCUCCAACAAUGAAAAGAUGACCAUGCAGAACCUUAAUGAACGCCUGGCAUCUUACUUGGACAAGGUGCGACGUUUGGAGGAAGAAAAUGCUAACCUUGAACAACUAAUCAGGGAGUGGUAUCAGAAGCAAGGUCCUCAAGGUGGAAGGGACUACAGCCAGUAUUAUAAAACAAUUGAAGACCUUCAAAAUCAGAUUAUUUCUGCAACUGUGGAUCUUAACAAGGUCCUUUUGGAUGUUGAUAACACCAGGAUGACUGCUGAUGACUUUAGAAUGAAGUAUGAAACUGAAUACAGUCUCCGCCAGAAUGUGGAGGGUGAUAUUAAUGGCUUACGCCCCAUGUUAGACCAGCUGACCUUAGCCAGGUCUGACCUGGAGGCACAAUUUGAGUCCCUGAAGGAGGAAUUGAUUUCUCUGAAAAAGAACCAUGAAGAGGAAAUGAAAGGACUGCAGUCACAGUCUUCUGGUGAUGUCAGUGUGGAGGUCAAUGCUGCCCCUGGCACUAAUCUGACGGAAAAACUAAAUGAAAUGCGAGGUGAAUAUGAACGGCUCAUUGAAAACAACCGUAGAGAGGUGGAAAGCUGGUUUGAAGCAAAGAUGGAAGAAGUUAAUCAGCAAGUCCAUAGCAGCAGUCAGGAAAUGGAAUCAAGCAACCAACAAGUCUCAGAGCUGAGACGUGAAUAUCAGACACUGGAAAUUGAGCUUCAGUCUCUGCUCAGCAUGUUACAGUCUUUUCAAUCCAACUUGGAAGACACAGAACGCCGUUACAACAUGCAGCUGCAACAGAUUCAGGCCAUGAUUAUCCCUGUGGAAGAAGAACUGGCCAAUAUCCGAUGUGAAAUGGAGAGUCAGAACGAGGAGUACAAGAUGCUACUUGGUAUCAAGACUCGCCUGGAACAGGAGAUAGCUCAAUACCGGGCAUUGCUUGAGGAAGGACAGCAAGACAUUGGAAACCAACAAGGAGGUGGUGGUGGCUCUUCUUAUGGAGGAAUAAGAGGAGGGAGCAUUGGAGGAGGUGGUAGCAUAGGAGGGGGCGGCAUUGGAGGGGGCAGCAUGGGAGGAGGCAUACGAGGGGGCAGCAUUGGAGGAGGCACAGGAGGGGGCAGCAUGGGAGGAGGCAUACGAGGGGGCAGCAUUGGAGGAGGCACAGGAGGGGGCAGCAUGGGAGGAGGCACAGGAGGGGGCAGCAGGGGAGGAGGCAUAAGAGGGGGCAGCAUUGGAGGGGGCAGCACUGGAGGAGGCAUAGAAGAGGGCAGCAUUGGAGGGGGCAGCAUCGGAGGUGGUGGAAUAGGAGUAGGUGGUGGUAGUGGAGGCGGUGGAGGAGGAACUAGAAUUUCAGGAAGUGGUAGUGAUGGCAGAUAUUCCCACUCCUACUCUUCAUCUUCCCAUGGCAUCUCCUCAUCUUCUCAUACCCAGUCUGGCAACAGCGGUGGAGAAAGCCAUGGGUAUGCAAGAAAAUCCUAACUAGAGAUACCAAUGAUCCUUGAGCUCAGUAUUGCUCAGAGAGAAAGUUAAAUCGUGUUGUCUACAUUCUCUGCAUGCCUGAACAAAGGACAAGGAGAAAAGCUCCUAACAGUUACUUAGCACUGCUACUUCAAUCUGUCCCAAGGGGCCCAUCACAGCUGUUGAGAUGAGCCACCUUCCUGCCUGUCACACUCUAUGCCCUUUUCAUCUGCAAUGCUCUAUGGGUUCAAUCAUUGAUAUUUGAGUUAAGCUGUACCAUGCAAAAUAAUCUACGUUUUGGUGAAAAAGUUCUGUAAUAAAACUUUAUUUCUGUCUAAUGCAAACAGGAA